UGGGUCGCGUUAUCGUGGCAGCCUCAAUUCUUCCUAGGACGCCCUAUGUUUGGAAUGAGAAACGGUCACGAGCAUUUGCGACUCCUUUUAUUGGAAAAGGAAACAGGGCAACAAAAACUUGAUCAUUUUGAUUCUAAUAAUAGUCUCACAUGGCAACAGCGCUAUUUUCAAAAUACUCAGUACUACAAAGGAUCAAACGUAGUUUUUCUGAUGAUAGGAGGCGAAGGACCCGAGAAUAUCAGAUGGGUCAGUAAUAAGGAUUACCCAUUUGUCAAGUGGGCAGAGCAAUUCGGAGCUAUGAUGUUUGCACUCGAACAUCGAUUCUAUGGAAAGAGCCAGCCAACCCCUAACCAAUCGGUGGAAAACUUGCGUUAUCUGAGCAGUAGACAAGCACUGGGGGAUAUAGCAUUCUUUAUUGACGCUAUGAACAAGGACCACCAUCUUGAAAAUCCACAGUGGAUAACAUUUGGAGGAUCAUACUCGGGUGCUCUGUCACUUUGGGCCCGUCAAAGGUUUCCAGAUUUGAUUGCCGGUGCCAUAGGAAGCUCUGCACCAAUAAACGCAGUAGUUGAUUUCUGGGGUUAUCUGGACGUUGUGGAGAAUGCCUUGCGCACUCAUAGUCACGAAUGCGCAUCAAACGUUCGGAAAGGAUUU